AUCUCGUUUUGAGCCACCUAGGAACUAAUGUGGCCAGGGGAGGUUGUUUUGACGGACAGUGUAAUGUAGCACCACUGGUCCCAUCUUGGUUUGAGAGAGAAGGGAGAGCAAAGCAAACCGUCCAUAUUACCGCUGCUUUGUCAGCACUUUUCACGGUGAUGGACCCUCCUGGUGGGGGAGACGAACGGCGGAGGCAGGCAGAGCGUCUUCGACGGGAGGAGGCAUACUAUCACUUCAUUAAUGAAUUGAGUGAGGAGGAGUACCGCCUAAUGAGAGACAGCAACCUGCUUGGCACGCCUGGAGAGGUUACUGCUGAGGAGCUCCGGCACCGUCUUGAUGGAGCAAAAGAGCGCAUGUCAUCUCAGCCCCGUCCUGAGCAGCGCUCGCAGACUGCUGAUUCUGGAGAACAGCAGGGCAGCAGCGGUGAGGGAGACGAGAGAGGGGCUGGAGGGAGACGAGGCACAGGGGGUACGGAGCCCGGAGCAGAAACUUCUAAUGGUGACUCAUUACUGGAGUGGCUUAACACUUUCAGACGCACUGGUAAUGCUACUCGCAGUGGGCAGAGUGGCAACCAGACAUGGCGUGCUGUCAGCCGGACCAACCCUAACAGUGGAGAGUUUCGUUUUAGUCUUGAAAUCAACAUCAACCAUGAUCAGCCUGAGCCAGGGGAGCAUAAUGACACUGCGGACACUGCAGAGCUGCCAGUGACUGCCCCAAACACAACUUCAACCUCUAUACGCACGGCUUCUUCUUUCUCCAACCCUCGCCCUUCAACCACGCCAAGGCCAACCCCAUACCCCACCACCCGCCCAGCCCUCAGUAGGAGGAUGCAGACACGGCGUACACGCAGCAGCACUGCUACUCUUUCUAUGAGCCCCCCUGCACUUCCUGCACCAGUGGCCACCCCAACUGCUGCUCCAAGGAGAGGUGCCACUUUGCACUCUUUAGCACCACCUCCUACUGUUCCCAGUCCUCCUCCUGAUCAAACUGCACCUUUGCAACAACAAGCCCCGAACGCAGACGUAGAGCAGGGCAGUGAUCAAAUGUCUGCCUCUAUAAACUGUCCACGUGUGUCACCCCAGUCUGUAUCUCAGGCCCCAGCAGUUGGACAUGAAUCACGUGGCAGUAGGACUCGAUCACGUGGUCGUGCACGCAGGGCUGCAGCUGGGGGCGGGGUUUCAUCCCGAUUGUCAAGGCGAAGCCGGUCCCCCUUGCACAGAAUACCUGCUACCAGUACCACUCCUCCAUCAAGUAUUGGUAUCAGUGGCUCUAGCAUCCACACUGUUGAGCCAGGCAGUGGCACAAGCUCUGUUUCCAUGGAAACAGGGGAGGCUGUAGCAGAACCUGCAGCUACUACAGAGCCAGCUGUCGAGACAGGAGAGCGCGAGAAUGAAUCGCACGUGAUAGGAUCAGGAAGUUCAGCGGUGCGACGGCACCCAACCAUCAUGUUGGACCUGCAGGUGAGAAGGAUUCGACCUGGUGAAAACCGCGAUCGGGACAGCAUCGCCAGUAGAACGCGUUCUCGUGCCCGCGUUGCUGAAAAUACUGUCACGUUUGAAAGUGACAGUGGUGGAUUUAGACGCACCAUUUCCCGCUCUGAGCGAGCUGGGAUUCGCACCUAUGUGAGCACUAUCCGGAUUCCACUGAGGCGCAUUAGUGAGACGGGCCUUGGAGAGCCCAACUCCACCGCCUUGCGUUCCAUCUUGCGCCAGAUCAUGACCGGAUUUGGGGAGCUGAGUUCUCUAAUGGAGACAGAGGCUGAUUCUGAAACUGUGUCACCAAACCACACAGAUGCUAGUGGUACAAAUAGUAACACCAGCCCAACUAGUCGUCUGAAUUCAAAUGAGAGUGCAGCUAGCCAGGUUGGUACAGGUGCAGUAGAUCAGGAGAGGGUGGGGCUGGUGGGAAGUGAAGAGGAUCAGGGUGGACAGGCCAGGCUCAGUGGUGGGGUAGUGAGCACCACAGAGGGACGGGCCACCAGCAGAGACACCAACAAUCUGGUAGAGAACGGCACUCUACCCAUCUUGCGGCUGGCACAUUUCUUCUUGCUCAAUGAUGAGGAAGAUGAUGAACACCCUAGAGGCCUGACCAAAGAGCAGAUUGACAAUCUAUCCACACGUACCUAUGGUCAGGCCAGCCUGGAGGGGGAGCUGGGUCGUGCGUGCAGUGUCUGUAUCAAUGAGUAUGCCCAGGGCAACAAGCUGCGUCGCUUGCCCUGCUCCCAUGAAUUCCAUAUCCACUGCAUCGACCGCUGGCUCUCUGAAAACAACACCUGCCCCAUCUGUAGGCAGCCCAUACUAGCAGUGCAUCAUGACUGACCUAUUUGCUCACAAACAUAACUAUGACGUUCCUGGCUAGAUGAACUGAGCAGACCCAAGUGGGCUUUGCAUGUACAUAGCGCUUUCAUGGUUAAAUUUCUUUGAAAAUAUCCAUUGUGUUGAAGUUGAAGAAGGUUGAACCAAAAGUGCGGAAAAAAAGAAACUAUAAAUGCAGAGAAUUAACAAAACUUUAUUUUUUUAGACUCUUUGUUUUCAGCAACUUGUUUUAUUUUCUUCUUCCUGUGACCCGUUUCACUGGCUUCUGUCACAAAGCUUCAGAGGCCCAUGUCAAUGGAUGGCAUUAAUGCUUAAGGAGCUCCUGUAGCCGCUGCUGACUAGUCUCACUUUAACUCUUUAAUGUCUGAUUCAUGUGACGUCUCUUUGUCACAGCUGGACUACGCAGAUCACUUCUAGACUUGAUUUAUUCAGUAUAAGCUGUAAAUAAUUCACCACUGCUUGUGUUUAAGGGUUUUGAAGCAAGACGCUCCUCAACUGUUGAGAAUGGAAGCAGGAAACCUUGAGUCUUUCUUUUCUUCUUUUUUUACAGUCACCAUUUUAAAGCUUUGACAUCCAUUUUAAAGUGUCCCUUUAAAGUUGGUAAAGAAAUGUAUGAUUUAUUGGAAUGUGUGAGAUACGAAUUUAAGUUUGAAUUAAGUUUUAUUCUGUACAUCUAGUAGAGUUUGUUUGUUAAACAACAACAACCAUUUCCAUGAACUUGUCCCAUAUAAUUGCAAUACAGAAUUCAUUCAUUAAACUCACCCACUAAAAGCAGCCACUUUAAAGUCAAUAAAAUUAUCUGUAUGGGCAGCCCAAUUUCAGUGAAAUACAGAAGGCAUGUGAUAAUCAGGAAUUCCAAGUUGUAAUUUAGUAUGAGUUGUGCAAUAUGGAGAGAAAAGACAGUAUUGUUUGUUUUGUUGUUCAUUGUUGUUUACAUUGUAAUGCCUGAUUAUCAUCUCCACUUAAAAACAAAGCCUUGUUUACCAUGAAAACAUUGUUUCCUGUUGGUUCAUGUUGCUCUUCCAGAUCAAUACCCAACAGACACCCUGGGAUCUGUGUCAUGAAGUUGCAAAGAGUAUUUGGCUUGAUACAUCUGCUGAGCAAAAACCUGGAACUUGUACUUAGAAAAAAAAAAUUACAGCAUUUUUACAGUUGUCCAGUUGAAGUUGGUCAUGAGAAAGGUGCUGGGAAAUUGAUGUUUGGAGCAUCUGCUGUAACUCUGGCUCCAAAAUGGCAUUUUCUGCUAACGAGAAUCCGUUAACUCUACAUCUCUUUCUAAUUGGGUCUGUCACAGUGCAAUGGUCGCAGUCUAUUUCAGUUCCAGUACUAGUGCAACACCUGAAUGAGGCAGUGUUAGUAAUAUGAUA